AUGUCUUGUGAAAUCGAUACAGACAUGUUAAUUGCCGAAGUUGAAGGAAGGCCUCACCUAUGGGAUCCAUCGCAUGGGGACUACAAGAACCGUAAAAUGCGAUUGAAGGCGUGGCUAGACGUCUGUGCAAAUAUAAUAUUCGGCUUUGAAGGUCUGAACGAGGCAGAUCAGAAAAAGUGUGUUGACAAGGUCCAGACGAGAUGGAAAACUGCACGGGAUGCCUAUUUUAAAAGCCUCACUAGAAUAAAGCAAACGAGGUCCGGAUCAGCAGCAACUAAGAGACCAAAAUACAUCUACCAUGAGCAGUUACACUUUCUUGACCAUCUCCGAGUUGCACCGACAGAGAGUAACUUUGACUCAGUAUCGGUCGUGCAAGAUAAUCUGUAUAACAACAAUGCACUCGCAGAAAACAGUCGAGACGAACCCUCUGAAGAACAAACCGAUGAUGUCCGACUGAAUUUCAACACCGAAAAACAAUCCUUCCAGAGGAAGAGGCCUAUCAAGAACACAACAUUUGAAGAUAAUUUACUUACAUUAUUAAAAGAUGGUAAGGAAAAAGAGGAAGACGACGACCGAGCAAUCUUUGUUUCGCUGUUGCCCUCUGUGAAGACAUUAAAUAUUGAUCAGAAGCUAUUAUUUCGUACUCAGGUACUUCAACUGCUUAUGUCGAUUAAGCACACAAAUCAGGCUAAUUUAAACAUACACCCCCCAGCUCCCAUCAGCUCUUUCCAGUAUCCACCGACCUCUUUUACCUACGCCCCACCUUCAAUAUCCCAACAGCAUCCUAACCAAUCAAUGCCGUACCGCGAGGAUCCGUCCGUACAGACACAAGUUGCGACUCGCCAUCCCUCUCCAGCCCAAUCAACGUCAUCAUCAUCUUGGGAGAUGUUAUAA